UUUCGCCUUGAACGAGGCGAUUACUCGCCCAUUAUGAAACUGCUCAACAAGCACCUCGAGUUGGCCAAAAAGUCUGCUCGAAAUGAGACCGAAUCAAAGAUGAUUGCCGAGUACUUGAAGCACUUUAAUUCCGGUGAUUUGAGCGAGCACAAAGAGGGAUCGCGAUUCUGGAUUAAGGACAAGGGACCAAUUGUUGAGACGUACAUUGGCUUCAUCGAGAACUACCGCGAUCCAGCCGGACAGCGUGCCGAGUUUGAAGGAUUUGUUGCUGUGGUGAACAAGGAAAUGAGCAAAAAGUUUGAAACACUUGUGAAUGGUGCUUCCUUGUUGCUGCCUAAACUGCCUUGGUCGAAAGAAUUUGAAAAGGACCGCUUUCUUCAGCCUGACUUUACGUCGCUGGACGUGCUGACAUUCACCGGGUCGGGAAUUCCUGCUGGUAUCAACAUUCCCAACUACGAUGAGAUUCGCCAGAAUGAAGGCUUCAAGAACGUGUCUCUGGGCAAUGUAAUCACCGCCAGUUUGAAGGAAUCAAAGCCUAACUUUUUGAGCUCUGAAGAUGCAAAGUAUAUGGAGAAGUACUCUGUGGCAAGCUUUGAAGUGCAAGUUGGUCUGCAUGAGCUGCUUGGCCAUGGAAGCGGCAAGCUGUUGAAGGCAGGAACCGAUGGCAAGUUGAACUUUGAUCAAGCCAAGACCAUUGAUCCACUGACUGGAAAGCCGGUGACGAAAUGGUACGCUGCUAACGAAUCGUACGACAGCAAGUUUGGUCCACUGAGCUCUGCCUACGAGGAGUGCCGAGCCGAAUGUGUUGGCCUGUAUCUGAGUUUGGACAGCGAAGUCAUCAAGAUUUUUGGGUUCACAGACCUGACAGAACAGCGAAAUGUGGUCUACGUUAACUGGCUGUCCAUGGUACACAAGGGCAUUGAGAGCUUGAAGAUGUACAACCCCUCGGUGAAGAAAUGGCUGCAGGCUCACUCGCAAGCGCGCUAUGUUAUCACGCGAGUACUGCUGGAGAGCGCCAAGGAGCUGGUGAAGAUUGAGCAGAUUGAAAAGAACAAAGACGAUGGUAAACCCGAUCUGCUGAUUAGCUUUGCCCGUGACCACGAACUAAUCCAGACAAAGGGCAAGAAGGCGAUUGGAGACUUCUUGCUGAAGCUUCAGACGUACAAGUCGACCGGUGAUUCCGAGGCUGCUAUCAAGAUGUUUGACCACUAUUCAACCGUUGACGAUAACUUGGAGUAUCCAUACUUGAAGUUCCGCGAUAUUGCUCAGGCUCGAAAGAAGCCACGUCGCCUGUUUGUCGAGUCUGCCACAGCAAUGGCAGACAGCACAGUGCAGCUGAAGACCUUUCCGAACACACACGAAGGGCUGAUUCAGUCCUUCCAGGAGCACUUCUCUGAUGAGACUGGCAUCGAAACGAUGCUAGUUGACCUGUGGAAGAAGGAUUUAGUGUACUUUUCUUAA